AUGUCUGUUCUUGCGCGGUUGAAACGACUCGAGGACAUCGUCAUUGGGAGAACACCCAUCAAGGAGACAACAGGCCCGGGCUCUGAAAUAUCAUCGUCUGUGGCCCUUUCGAGAACGAUCCCCUCUCCGAGCCUUGCCUGCCUUUCACCGGCUUCGGAAUACGAACAAGCAGUUCAAAACUUAGAAGGGACUGGUGCUGGGCCCGUACCAUGGGUAUUACCACGAGGCCAUGACAUCCGCAUGGUGUCCAUACGCCAAAUAUCCCUCGAAGCCGCUAAAACGUUCGAUUUCCAGUCAACCUCGAACUGUCUUUAUCUUCCCCCAAGGGCCGAAGCAUCGCUUUUGCUGGAACACUAUUUCCAACAUAUCGACGAUCUCCAACAUGUCAUCCACGUGCCGACUGUCCGCAACAUGAUGCAAAAUCUCUAUGCCAACCUAGAGCAAGGUCUCCCUAUCCUUCCCUCUGAACUUGCACUCUUGCUGAGCAUCUUGGCAAGUUCUUCCAACCUUGCCAUGUACUUCUUGGGAGACCUCGAGCCGUCGUUUUCGGCCUCUGACGCGGCCCAAGCGUCCUCGCUCUGGAUCAACACCACGCUGGAAGUAAUAGAGUCGUCUCAUCGCACGAGCCCAAGCCAGUUGGAGGAUGUCCAGGCGGCCAUCAUCCUCGGUUUCCUUCUAUUCCAUAGCGAAGGAUUUUCAACUAGAGCCCGUCAUUUGUUCGCCGGUGCCGUCAUAAUGGCACGCGAUCUCUCGAUGCACAAGACCGAUGCACCGGGCAGCGCUGGGAGCCAACGGACCGUAUUGGAGACCGAGAUAAGACGAAGGGUCUGGUGGCAUGUCGUGGCAACCGAUUGGUUUCUCAGUCUCAGUGGAGGUCCUCAAGAAGGGACAUACUUCGUUCAGCCGCGACAUAUUUGCGUGAAUAAGCCGAUGAACGUCAACGACGAGGAUCUGCGAGAUGGCACUGUUCCCAUUGACAAACCCUUGUCGGAGCCGACCAUCAUGUCAUACUAUAUCCAGAGGAUCAAACUCGCCGACAUCUGCCGCAGCGUCGUCGACUUGAUGCCGCUGUCCAGCCUAGCGCUGGGGACAGUCGACUAUCAGGAUGUCGUCAGACUUGACGGUAAAUUCGAGUCGUUCUUUCAGGAGUUACCCUCAUUCUUCAAAAUCGACGAAUACCAUAUUCGAGAAAGUGAACCGGUCAUGCGUCGAUACCCCCGGAUGCAAGUACAGCGUCUCACAUUGGGCAUGAUCGGACAUACCAGACGGUGUAAGCUUCAUCAGCCCUUUCUCAUCCGCCGCGCCGUGCAGCGCCAUUAUGACUACUCUCGGCACAUAUCGCUGAAGUCGGCCCGUGCGGUCAUUCGGAUGAAGACACUCAUUCGUCCGGAUGAACCGGGCAGUUUUAUGGCCGUCGUCGCGAAGAAUACCGGUGUCGUCUACCACAUCUUCAUGGCGACCAUUGUUCUGGUAAUGGACCUGUGUUUCAACGAGGCCGCCGAAGGGGAAGACGACGCCGCCCGCAAGGCCGAGGUCGCGGAAGCAUGCCGGAUGCUGGAAGAGGCCAAAUCUCAGUCGGCGAUGGCGCACGAGUUUCUCGAAUCCCUCCUGGACGUGCUCAGAAAGCACAAGGUUCACUUGCAGGCGUCGGACCUCCCUGCGCCUCGUGCUGCCAGUGAGCCGUCGGCCCAGCAGCCUGUUCAGCCUCCAAUACCUCUGGAUCCUGGUGGACAACAAGCCCCGCCAUCCUAUAAUAGCACCUGGGGCUCUGAAGACAUCAGUCAGCACUACCUGUCCGACUUCGACGAGAUCUGGAAGGAGUACGUCGAGUUGGGUCCCAAGAUGGGGAUGCCAAGCUGGGACAGCCUCUUUUCCGACCUUGAUUCGAGAAUGUGA